AUGGAUCCCACUGUCAUUCCAGUUACUGUUUUCCAACAAAACUAUGAUACAUGGGACGGGCCUCCGCCACCCGUCCCUGGUGCUAAACUACGCCUCAUGUGCAGCUAUGGGGGUCACAUUAUCCCACGCCUCCAUGAUAAAUCACUAUUUUAUGUAGGAGGUGACACCCGCAUUGUGGUGGUGGAUCAUCAGGCCUCCCUCUUUGACCUCCUCACUCGCCUUUCACACAGCCUCCUCAAUGGAAACAAGUUCACUCUCAAGUACCAGCUCCCUAAUGAAGACCUUGACUCGCUUGUAUCUGUCACCACGUACCAGGACUUGAAACAUAUGAUCAUAGAAACUGCUGCAUCUAUGGAUUCUCUUCUUGAUCACGAUAUCAAGUCUGGAACUUGGUUCAUUGAUGUUCGUAACAAUGCUGACUUGCUCUCCAGAGGGCUUUCUGAUUCUGCUGCAAAUGUCACUCAAAACGUGCAUUCUACAAAGCUUGAUUCACCAAUGGUUGAAACAGCUUCAUCACUUGAGUCCAGUAUUUCAUCUCAUUCUAUGGGGAAUACGUCUCCCAUUGCAGUUAAAGUUGAAGAUAAUCAUACAAAUGCAACAUUCCAGGACCAGAUAAUUGGUUUAAAUGAACAGUUCUCACACAUUAAUGUCGCUUCAAAUGAACAAAAUCCGGAUGAGAAAACAUAUCAUGGAGCACCUAAUAGGCUCAGGAAACUCAUUUUGCGGCAACUGUCGAUUCAGCGGAAAAAUGGAGGUAAUUACAACUUGCCGUCACCUGAUUCAAGACGUGCUGGAGGUAAUUAUAACUUGCCAUCACCAGAUUCUGUAGCAAGCGAAAACAUUGCAUCAGCUGUGUCCCUUUCAAAACACAUGAUUUGCCAAGAUACAACUCCGGUAACAAGUCCAGAAAAUGAAUUUCCUUUUACAAUAAUUGAUUUCAAGAAUAACAUUAUGGACCCAAACUCAAAAACUCAAAGGCAGCAAGUUCAGGAUUCUUUAGCUAUAUCAUCUCCACAGCAAAAUCAGCAGCAGCAAACACAGUUCAUUCCCGUGAGUGCCCAUUACAUGCAACAUAUUGCAACGGGUCCAGUUAUAGGGCCAUCUUACUAUCCAAUACAAGCACCUCCAUCCUAG